AUGAGUCAGAUACUACAAGUCCACGCUUUCCUCGAACAUUCUUUCCCAAAGAAUGAGAACUUAAUCCCGGACUCCCUAAAACAUGAUUUAAUUCACCAACGAACCCAGAUCCCGUAUCAUAAUAUCCCGAUACAUAGAGAUGGUAUGACGGGGAAAGUAGUGGAUCCUGAUGUUAAUUUUAAACGGUCAUGUGCUACGGCUACAUCUCAUGGAAUAAAUACCACUAACAUCAGAGUGGAACCAACAAUUAUGAAAUCCAUCCAUGAGAUUAGCAAACAGGCUCUUCGUUCAACCAAAACGGAGUUUAAUCUAUGGAGUUGUAUACGCAAAUCACCUGACAGUUCUGAUGAUUUACCAACUGUCCCUAGUAUAAUUGAUGAACUAUUGAGAAAGGCUUCUGAGGAUGUUGUUCAGAGUUGGUGUUUUCCGAAAGGGUAUUUUCUUCGACUAACAGCUCAGAUAAAUGAAGCGGGAACUUUCUUACUACCUAAAAGAGAAACGAUCACGUUUCUUAAAAGACGAAUAAGGAGCUGCAAAUCACGUGAAUCCUAUGCUAAAGAAGUAAGUUUUAAAUGCUCUGCAACCGCUUGGUUUCUGACAAUUUUCCUAAGGCCAAUCUCACAUGGGUCUCCAUUCAAAAUAUUUAGAGUAAAAUAA